UUCAGUAUAUUUACAUUCUAAUUUUUAUUAUAUUAUGCCUAAAAAAGUCAUUAAAAAUAACCUUUCUGCUAGAGAUUCCAAAAAAAUACUAAAAGUCGAAGUCUCCAGUUGACAAUCGGAAAGGUGGCAACCAUGAAAAGGAACCAUAUAGUCGUUCCUGGAAUUGAGGGGAGACCGAGUCUUGGUGUCCUCGAUCUAAUUAAUGUUUGGCGAACGAGAUGUGCAUCUUGAAAUGAUCGACAAUAUAGAAUCCCACUUAUGUUUGAAUGACCUUAACCUAUAAACAUGGAAACAGAACGAACGUCUGACUCAUCCAAUAUCUCGUCUAGUGCCUCAUCCAGUGCCUCGUUCUGGUCCACGUCGAGCAAUACAGUUUCUACUCAAAACUCAUUACCGCCUACUCAUGAUCCUGGAUGGAACGAUCCACCAGAUUGGGCAUUGUCCUCGCAGCAUAAUUCAUCUGGGACGUCUACCAGGAGACUCUUGAACAAAAGAGUAUCGUUUCCGUUAUUUUCAGAACAAGUGUCUUCUCCAGAACAAGUGAAGACUAGCCAUUUGCCACCUUCAACAGAAACGUUACCCAUUCCAUGUACAAUUUCCACAGCACCUCAUAAGCCUCUUCUGGCUCCUAUGGAUAAAGACCUUUUAGAAGAUACAUCGAUACCAGAUUUUAAUAAAGAUGAUGCUUUGAAAGAGGUCUUGACAAAUCUGAUAACUAUGAUAACACUGCAAAAUAUGGAAAAGACUAAGGAUAAAGAGAUACGAAAACGGCUAGAUAAUAUGGCUUCUGAUUGGCGUGCAGACAACAUAGAUGAUAAAGUACAGAAACUUAUUUUGAAUAUGUCAAGAGCAUUGAUAAAUAAAGAUUUGGAAAAAGCGGACCGAAUUCAAACUCAUCUUGUGACGCGGUAUGGACAAGUUUGCCGUUAUUGGAUACCAACCAUCAGGCAUAUAAUUUUUGAAAUGAAAGAGAAUAUUAAGAAGGAGACUAUUUCGCAACCAAGGUCACCAUUUGACUGGGAAGGAAAACUGAAUUAAUCGUUAAGUGUAUUAUAUAGAAUUACUUAAUAAAAAAUGAAAAUCUUAUUUAUUGACUUUUGAUAUAUUUACGUGUUACAUUUAAUAUUUUUAUAAUUUUAUAGUAGUUAUUAAAUGUUUUAAAUAUAGUAUUACAUAACGGUCCAUUAUAGUUUAUUCAAAUUUGUUACGGGAGAAUUUUAAUUACAUUGAGAAUAAAGAUAACGCAAUUGUACUCAUAAAA